AUGGGCCUGGCUAGCCAUGGAGGUAUGCAGGAGGAGGAUGUGAAGUUGGUGCUAAAGGGACACAUAAAGGAAGGUUACAAGUUCAAUCCUGAGUCUCCAAUAUCUCCUGAUUGUAAUGAGUUUUAUAAUAAAUCACCAACAUCCAAAGACAUGUUGCAUCUAUUGGUUUGUGUUGUUCCUGCAAACACAAUCAUUAUGUUGCAAGACAAAGUGAUAGAGAAGCUCAGGAAGAUCAGAAAAGAUGCAAGUGAACUGAAUAUUCCUCAGGUUGUCAUCAUCACUAAGAUUGACCAGUUCUGUCCUGAAAUAGAAGAAAAUUUAAAGAAUGUCUACAAGGUCACAGAUCUGAAGAAAAAGGUUUGCCGAGUUUAG